AAUCACUACACCUAGUGGAGCCUGAGGUUUAGCUCUUGUGAUGCCUUGGUGCCUCAGGAUACUAUAUUCCAAACUCUACAACGGAACCGCGUUCCUUCUUUGCGAUACAACUAGAGCAAGAGCUACGAUUAAGGUCAAUCAAGCAUAUGGAUAAUUACUCUUGGACAUAUGACCAAUGCAUCCAUGGAUAGUGGCUCAAACAUUCAGACCAUAGAUUACUCAUCUCUUAACCGCUGAUGGCAUCUGUUCCGUCAGCCUCUGCCUUCUCAUUGCCAAUUCCAUCAUGGCAACAACCUCAAAGUGCACGCGUUGCGCGGUAUGAGUCUAGGAAGCGUAGGAAAGACUAUUAUGGAUGGGACACUGAGGACGAUGUUUUUGAAGGCGAAACAACUGAUGCAGGAUCUGAAAUUGCACCUUCCGGGGCAUCAUUGAUUCUGUCACCAGAAGAAGCACACCAAUAUCGCAUAGCCGGUCUAUCUUUCGACAGAGAACUACCAGGGGGCCAUUUCCCACAUGGACCCGCCAAAGAUGAAACCGCUAGCAACCGAGGAAAGGAGAAUGUUAUGAAAGGUUUAUCAUCAUUGACACCACCAAUUUACCCACCACAGUCUGCAGCCUAUCAAGGCAACCUUCGUCUGCAACAUCUCGCUGUUCUCUCUUCUAUUUUGCAUCGUUGUCUUCUUGAUAGAGACUAUAUCCGUGCUGGAAGAGUCUGGGGGUUAAUCCUUCGUGAGGAGUUUCAAGGAAACCCAAUCGAUGUGCGCGCUGAAGGGAGAUGGGGUAUUGGGGCUGAAAUAUUGCUUCGUCGAGAUCGCCAGCUUUCAGACCACGCCUCGGGAUCUGCGAGAGCUAUCAAAAAUGGCCAGAAGACGGAAGUUUCUGGGCUUCAUUUUACAAGAAAAGGGUUCGAGGCUGCCAAGCAAUACUAUGAGAGACUCGUGAUCCAGUAUCCAUUUCGGAAAACUGCUCCAGACUUCACAAGUUCUUUGCACUUUUACCAAGCCAUGUUUGGACUUUGGGUUUAUGUUGCGCAAGAGGAGAGCAAUGCUGCUCGCCAAGAUAUCCAGAAUCGCCAGGAAGUUGCACCCAAGGAAGACACGGACGAUGCAGCAUCUGAUCUAGAGAGUUCUGAUGGCUCAAGUCAAGAAAUGCAGAUCCUCGUCGCAGACAUCAGGGCAGUUGAGCUACACGAAGCCCAGAAGAUUGCGGCAAGAAUGGAUGAAGUUCUUGUCUCUCCGCCUUACUCGGAUUCUCCCGAGCUAUUAGAACUUAGAGGCAUGAUCUCUCUUUGGAUAGGCGACCUUUUCAUGUCCUCCUUGGCCCAUCGUGUGGAGGAUACCGACGGGUUCGAUGACAACGACUUGAUCUCGGGAGAUGACUUUCAAAACUCAAUUCAAGCCAGACGGGAGCAGAGACUUGCAGAUGAGAAGAGGCAAUCCGAGGUUGAAAAGGCUCAAGAUUUCCUUGAGAAAGCGAAGCAGCGGGGUAAAGGAAUGACCUCGACACUUGAGGACCUACACAUUGACGACAAUGCUUCUCUCGAUGGAUAAGGCGAUGCUUGCACGCAUAGAUAGGAUCACUCUCCAAGGGGAAAAGGUAUGAUGAAAUUUAUAUCUCCGAGCGAUCACAGUAGAGACGUGAGAUGCAGGAUGAGGUAUACGCAAAAACAAUAUUCAUCUAUUCAUAAUGCAUUAACAUCUUUAUGUACAACCACAUAUUUAGAUUUUCGACCAGCUCCUUUCAAAAUACCUAAAAAGAGCUUGACUGCAAUUGAGACUAUACUAUGCACCACACCAAUAGCACGUGAUCUCGUGGAUGCCUCGCGUGUGCCUUAAAGGCAAAAUCAAG